UCUGUACCACAAUGAUCCGUAGACAGUCUGCUUUGAUUCUCCUCAGUACCUUGUCUCUGAUUCAAACUGCAGAGGUUGCUGAGCAGAUCUCUUUGACUGUGGUUGAACCUGGUGGUAGUUUGAAUCUGACAUGUCCGUUCUUUGGAAAUGAAGCUGGGUUGUUUUACUGGUAUAAGCUGAAGUUUGGAUAUAUGGUCCAAACAGUUGCAGCGGGGACUUUUAGGACAGUAAAUCUUCAUGUACUAUUUGACAACUCAAGAUUCACAGUCACAAAAGUGAACAGUCAGUAUGUUCUCAACAUCAGAAAUGUGAGCAAAGAAGACGAAGCAACAUACUUCUGUCAAGCAGGAUCGGCAUACAUAAUGAAGUUCAUUAACGGCAUGCUUCUGGUUGUGAACGAUCAUAAAAAUCAGAAGAAGUCUUUCUACGUGAAACAAAAUCCGGAGGCUGAGUGGGUCGAGCAGGGCGAAAGAGUGACUCUCGAGUGUUCACUUGUCUCCACAAACAAAGAAACCUCAGAUGAGUGUCCAGGUGAACACAGUGUGUACUGGUUCAGAUCUCGAUCAGGAGAAUCUAAUCCAAGCAUCAUUUACACUCAAAGUGAUGAACAAGAGGAGAGAAGUUGUUUCUACAGUCUGUCCAAAACUAUACAGACCUCCUCUGAUACUGGGACUUACUACUGUGCUGUGGUCACAUGUGGAGAGAUCCUGUUUGGUGAAGGAACCAAAGUGGAAACAAAAAAUCAGCUGUGCCCAUACCUGGUUGUGCUCGGGAUACUGCUGGGCUGCUCUGUGAUUGUGAUUGUGGCUCUAAUUAUCUUCCGAAAUCGAAAGCCAGUUUGUGAAAAUCAAAGAGGAGGAGCUUCCAUUCAUGACGGAUCAGCUGACGAUCAAGCAAGUAAUGUGGAUGAUGAAGCGGUGGCGAUGAACUAUGUAGCGCUGGAUUUCCCCUCAAGAAAUGCUAAAAGAUGGACAAAUACCAGGGAGUUUCCACAGGACUGUCUGUACUCUGGCACCAGAGAGUAUCAGUGAAAUGCUGCCACCAUGAAGGAAGAACAUCUGACAUGUUCACUGUCGAUUAAAAUCAUUUUUAUGUAGCUGUUUAGGUAAAUGAGAUGACAUGAGAGAAUUUUGCCGUGAUGUACAUUUAAUAGCAUAAUCAACAACAUUAGUUUAGCAUAGAGACAACACUUGUGUUUGGUGAUGUU